UUCAAACAAAGGAACAGGAACAAAACAAAACGAGAAAAGAAGAAAAAACAAGAUGAAUUCUUCAACAUUCUGUUCCGUGUUCCUUGGCUUGAUCCUAAUUUCUCAAUACCCUUUCGCUGCAAAUGCCAGAUCUCAUGGAUUAAAGGGAAGCCUAAUUACCAUCGUUUGCGGCGCAUCAUCCAACAUGGCAGAAUGCAACAAAAUCCUCGGAUCAAAUCCUCAUGCCGCAGAAGUGAAAAGCUACAGGGAACUUGCAAAGGUUGUUCUCGAAAUGGCAUUAGAGAAAGCAUCCGCGGGACAGAGUUUUCUGAAAGGAUUAGCAGCAGAAACCAAGUCUCCAGCACUCACACAGUGUGCUAAUUUUGAUUACGAUGGUGUUGUUAUGUCUUUUAAAAGCUCUCUUGGUGAGUUGAAGAAAGAUCCUCAAACUGCUAAUUAUGAUGCUAAGGUUGCUGGUGAUGGACCUGCUCAAUGUGACAGAGGAAUGGCGGCUGGACAUGUUGUUAAUCCUGAAGUUACCGCUCUUAAUAGUCUGAUUACUUUUUUUAGUGAAUUGGCAUUCCUUGUCACUAAUUAUCUUUAAUUGUGUUGUUUUGUUGAGAUUAUGAGAUAAUUGGGUUGGAUGAUGUUUAGGGUCUCCUUAAUUGGAUUCAAGGUAUGAAGGGAGAGUUAUUAUAGUAUUACGUGUUCAAUUAAUAUUGAAUAUUGAAUAUUGAAUAUUUCAUUGUUUUAAUUAUUCUUUCGUGGAAUUUUAACAAAUUUAUAUGUUAGUGAAAAGUUGCACUAAAAA